AUGUAAAAGAUAACUCAAACUCAAAUAAUAGAAUGGGUGAAAGACGGAAAUGCAUAGACUUUAGCUAAUUACUUCAGUGAAAAGCUGGCUGGAAAUUUAUAAGGUCUUAAACAUUUUUUUGUAAUGAACGAUAAUUAAAAACGUAAUGUAAUACAUUGGGCUGCCUAUUUUGGAUAAUUAGAAUUAUUGGAAAAUUGGUUAAAGUCCUACUCUUAAUAUAUUGAUCUUAAUAAAACGGAUAUUCAUCAUUACACUCCUUUAGAAUUAGCUAGUAUCAAAGGGUAUUUUCGAUUUUAUUACUUUAAGCUUUAUGAAAGAGCAAGACUCCUUGAUAUAAUUUAGUCUCAUUAAAUUACUAAUUGAAUAUAAUGCUGUAGUUCCGAUCGAUAAUGCUCAUAAAAGAGCUACUCCACUUCAUUGGGCUUAUUAUUAUGGAAAUGCAGAAUUAAUCAAAUUCCUAUUGUCAAAUUAUCCUGAUCUUCAAUAUCAGCUUGAUUAAUUUGGAAUGUAUCCAGUUGAUUAUUUAUUUUUAGAAAAUAGGCCAUAGCAAUAUUAGUAUUAUUUAUUAACAAAAUUUUUUUAGGAAAAACUACAAAAGUAUUUUCAUAUUAACAGUUGUGGAAUAUGCAUAAACCAUUUAUAAUCACAAAUUUAAAAAUAUUCGAAAUCUCAAUACUUAAAUGACUAUGACUCUUCGAUCUUAAUCUUUAAAAUCAUAAAGUAAUGAAAGUAAAGAUAGAUUGCAUUUGAAAGAGCCUGCAAAUGAAAUUGAUAAUGAAUCUGAAGAUAGAACACAAAAUUAUUUGUAUGCAGGUUUGACUACAAUGACUUUAAUGUCGAGGAUUCGAUUGACAUGUAACAAUUCUCAAAAAAGAGAUUCUCUCACUUCAAAAUUAAGUUAAUAAUUUAAAUCAAUCAAAGAGAAAAUGAAAAAAUUACCUAAUAAAAAUAUUACAAAUGAAAUUCCUUUUGAUGAUUCACAAUAAGAGCUUAAUGAGCCAGAAGCUGAAAAAAUUCCUACUGUAAGAAUCAUGUAACCUACUAACACAAUAUUUAUUGAUCCUAAUAAAAAUUAUUUUGAUUAAUCAAAUAAAAUACUUAAUUCUAAAAGCGAUUUAGAAAGUGAAAGAAAUCCUCAAAAAAAUUUACUUUAAUCAGAUGAUGAUAUUAAUCGCAUGUUUAAAUCAAACAACUUGAAUUCUCGUUCUGAUUUAUCUCGAUAUUAACCAUCGCAAUGUUAAUAGUCAUGUAACCCUUCUCAAUUUGGAAGGUAAUUGUCUUAAGAAAUUCAUUUGCCUUAUGAAGAUUCUAGAUUUUCUAUGAAAGAUGUUUAAUAAAUUAAAUCUAUGAAACCAUCAUUAAAGAAACCAGGAUAAAAAUUAUUCAAAAGAAAAAGCACAACUUUUAAUAAUGAACCUUACUUUAUCUUCCACUAUACAAAGAAUUAAAACAAAAGAUAAUUGUUUGAGUGUAGAUUAUAAUUUUGGUCAGCCAGAAUAGAUUCAAAAGAAUUCUUUACUUACUUUUUGAAUAAAGGAUGCAAUCCAUUUCUAAUUUAAUAUUAAGGUUUCAAUUGUCUACAUAUUGCAGCUAAUAAAGGAAAAUCCGAAAUUCUAAAAUUUAUUUUAGAAAAUAAUUACUAAUAUAAAGAAUUAAAAGAGUUAAAAGAGAAAAAUCCUUAUCUUUCGGAAGAGGAACUCAGUAAGACUCAGAAAAAUAAAGUUAUUUUUGAUAAAGUAUAAAUUAUAUUUAAUUUUUAGAAUAAUGCUUUGAAUAUGAUGACAGAUUUGAAUCCUUCUAAUGCUUUACAUUUAGCUAUUGAAAUCAAUAAUUAUGAAUGUAUGAAAAUUUUAGUUGAGAAUGGAGUUUCAGCUGAUAUGUUAAAUCAUAGAUGUUUAAAGCCGUUUGAACUCACAUUUGAUGCAAAAAUGGUAGAAUUUUAUGAAGAGAAAUACUUCAAUAAAAAUGAUCUAAGUUUUCAUUCAAUGGGAUAUAUGUAUGUGCUUUAGACUAGAGGAUAAUUGGAGAUUAAUUAAGAUAUUGUUCUGCUAUAAUUACAAAAUAUUAGAUAAUCUUUGGAAUAAAAUGAUAUGGACUUUGAAUUUUUAAUAAUUAAUACUCCAAAUUAUAAUUAUUUAAGAAAUAAAAAAGAAAACUAGAUCAAGCAUCACUAUUACGUAUUAAAAUUAUCUGCAUAAACUAUUUAUAAAUUAGCAGAUAAGUAUGAAAUUGAAUGUUAUCAUUUUACAAAAAAAGUAAGAUUUUUAUUAGAUUUUAGCAUCUAACAAAAUUUAAAUAUAGAGAUUAUACUCAUUAUGAAUUUCCUAAGCCAUUACAGAUAUAAUCUCUUAUUAUUAACACUUUGAAUGAAGAAUUUGAUUUGGAUAAGUUUAUUUUAGAAGGUUUGGUAAUUUCUCAUUUUCCUCUUGAAGACAAUUAGAAAUUAUAAAAAGUUGAUUAAUUAUGGAAAAAAUACUAAAACAACUGUAUUAGAGAUACAAUUAGAUUUGCAACUCAUUAAUUUUCUUUAAGGCCUUUAAAUUCAAUUUCAGCUUAUUAUGGUCCUGUCAUUGCUUGGUAUAUAUCCUUUAAUGUCUAAAUAGUAGGCUGGCUCAUUAUUCCAGCUCUUAUAGGAUCAGCUAUUCAAUUAUACUAGCUGUUAGCUGAGAAAGUUCAGUAUAAAUAUAAUGAAUAUUUUUAGCGCCUCUAUUUUACCAGCAUAUGCUUUUUUUAUGUCUCUUUGGGCUACAUUAUUUAUGGAAAAAUGGAAAAAUAGGGAAUCAGAAUUUAAAUAUAUAUGGGAUAUGCACAAAUUUAAAUAACAAGAACCUGAGAGAGUGAUGUAUACAGGUGAAUACGUUAUUAAUUCAUGUACAAAUAAAAUAGGAAUAUAUGACUCUUUUACAACAUUUAAAAGAAGAUUGAUUGCUGAAUUUCCAAUAAUCUUGUUAGGAAUAUCGAUUAUAGUUGUCAGCUUUUUUGCAUUUAAUAUUUGGUAACAAAGUCAAGAUAUCAAUAAUAUCUAUAUGCCAAUAAUAAUUAACUCUUUAAAUGGAGUUAGCAUGACUAUAUUUUGUGAUCUAUACAAACGUUUAUGCAAAUCGGUUGUAAAUUGGGAAAAUCAUAAAUUUGACUUGGCAAUGUAAUACUCAUAUGUUUUAAAAGUUUUUUUGUUUGAAUUCUUAAUCUCUUAUAUUUCUGUUGUAUAUGCUGUAUUAUUUAAAUCGAAUCAAACUUAAUUAACUUUAUCAGUAGCUUCCAUAAUCAUUACAAGAGGACUUAUUUCUAACCUAAAAAGUAAUUGUAUGCCUUAUGGACUCUACAAAUAUCUUUAAUGGAGCCAGAUUGGAAAGCUUGAAAUAUUUUAGCAAAUAUGUAAAAAUUUUAAGUUUUGUGAGAUGUAAUAUAUAAGUGAAAAGCUGAACGCUAAGACUCAAAUUAAAUUUAUGUAAUUAAUGGAAGAUUGCAAUAAUAAAUUACCAUAAAAGGAACUUUAUGAAGAAUAUACAAGUAUUGCUAUACAAUUUGGAUAUACAACUAUGUUUUCCCCUGCUUUUGCUGCUGCACCACUGUUUUUUCUGUUGAAUCAAUAUAUCAAUUUAUAAUUUUCAAUUUACAAUUACUAAAAAGUGUUAAAACGAGAGGUAAGAUUUUGCAUUACUAUAGAGAGCUUAAGCUUCUGAUUCAAUUGGAAUUUGGCUCUCCAUUUUUGAGAUUAUGAAUUAUUGUUCGACAUUCAUGAAUUGCAUAGUGAUUGGAAUUGUUAACAAGUCUGAAUUUGAAAAAUUGAUAGGGGAUACUGAUCCUCUAUUUCAAGCUCUAGUCUUAGCAGCUAUAGAACAUAUUUUAUUACUUAUUAAAUAUAUUCUUGGAGUUGCAAUUCCUGAUUGCCCUUAUUGGGUAUCUAAAGAAUUAAGAAAAUAUGCAUUUUUAGAAGAGAAAAGUGCGAAGCUACAUGAUGAUAGUGAGAUUAAUCUUUAAUUUUGA